UGACAACAUCAAGAAGAUGCAGGAGGAAGCCAAAGCAAGAGGAGAGAAAGAUCCAGAGAUUCCAAAAUACAUACAUCCUAAAGGUCAAGGUACUGUUCCUUUCUUUCACGACAAUAUCAUUACAAAGUACGAGAAAGCGGAGCAGAUUACUACUCUUGUGCUUACAGAAGGCUACUUCAAGGCUUUCAAGGCUAACAAGCACGGAAUACCCGGUUCUGGCUUCUAUAACUCUAUGCUCAAGAUCAUUGACCUGAUGAGGGAUUUCGAUGUAGAUGUAUAUUUCUCUUACAUCAAGAGCUCUGAGAUUGAAGGAGAGCCCAAGGGACUUGAUGACCUACUUGUACAACUUAAGGGAAAGGAGGAGGAUUA